CUGCAAGGAUGUUCUUGUUAUAAGGAAGUGAAGUUUAUUUGUCAGCAAAUCUUAAUUUUUACAGCACAUCUCAGAAAUAUCCAGACAAAUGAAUUGCAUUUCAUAAUUGCGUUGCAUGCGUUGAACCAUGCGCUGAAAACUCGAGGCAGGAUUCUGUACCACAAUGAGAAGCUGAAAGAAGGAUCCGAAUCACAGGGAAUCCUGCUCGAAUACAGGGAUCACGGUUUGUGCCGGCCCAAGGUGCUGAUUCUUUGUCCGUUCCGCAGCUCCGCUUUCGCCAUUGUUCAGCAGAUGAUUAAAGUGUUAUUCGGCAAGGACUCUCGGAAGCUAGUGCUGAAUCGUCGACGUUUCAUGCGUGAAUUCGGCGACCCAUCCACCGCGAAGGAAGCCCCUGUAACUACCGAUUCCGCGACGAAACAUAACCCUGAUGCUGAACGCAAGGUUUUCAGUGGUAAUAUUGAUGACUGUUUUCACAUAGGUCUGGGUAUCGCGAAAAAGACCUUAAAACUGUACGUCGACUUCUACUCAUCAGAUAUCAUCAUCGCCUCUCCGAUCGGCCUUCGAGUCCUGAUGGGCAACAGUACCGACAAGCAUUUCAGUGCCGAUUUUCUGUCUUCGAUCGAGGUGCUAGUCUUCGAUCAGGCUGACGUGUUCCUCAUGCAGAAUUGGAGUCAUGUGAUCCAUAUGUUGGAGAACCUUCAUAGACAGCCGAAAGAAUCUCACGACGUGGACUUCUCCAGAGUCCGUAUGUGGAGUCUGAACGACUGCGUGUUUUCAAAAUUCUGUAGCAAUUUCGCGGGUUUGGUGGUUGUCCCUCAGCGAACAGUGCUAGGCACAGUAGUGGAGGUAGUGAAUCAUUUUCCUCAGACGUUUCUGCGUUUUGCCUGCGCCAAUCGUUUUGUCGAAAGUGAAGCUCGGUUACAGUUUUUCGUCGAUAAUGUUUUGUCGAAAAUAUCCUCCGCCGGUCUGCGUCAUGUGCUAAUAUUUCUGCCGUCGUACUUCGAUUUUAUCCGCGUGCGCAACCACCUGAAGCGCGAGGAUUGCAGUUUCGUCCAGAUAUGCGAGUAUACAUCCGAAACAAAGGUGUCUCGUGCCAGGUCUCUCUUUUUCCAUGGAAAAAAGCCAAUUUUGUUGCUUACCGAACGCUUCCAUUUCUUCAACAGGUGCCUGAUCCGCGGCAUCCAGCACAUCAUUUUUUACCAACUUCCACUUUACUCAGGGUUCUACAGCGAGUUCUGCAACAUGGUGAACGAUGACCCUCAGUCAGAGUCAAAAGACCACCUCUGCAUUGUUCUCUAUUCUGUGUACGACGCUUUUCGGAUUUCUCGUGUCGUUGGAGCCGAAAAAUCAGGCUCUCUCUUGAACUCAGAUAAAACUAGUCAUAUCAUGAUAACGACUGACUGA